AUGGCGCUCAUCGGCGACUUCAAGAAACAAGUGAAUUCAUUGGUGGCGCAGAAGGCGAGUGCCAAGAAGGUCUUGGCCUCGACCAUCGGUGCGGCCCAGGGCUUCCAGUCCAUCCUCCCCAGCCUCGACGGCGGUGGCCGCGGGCUGGGCGCGCGCGCGGCCUCGGAGACGCCGCGACCCAAUGAGGAGGUCACCUUACCGGCCCUGAACCUCACACAAUCCCAGGCAUCGGAGACGACGCCCUCCUUGGACCAAACGGUGUCGGAGAUGGGCUUUGCGGCGAGCAGCCAGCCAGCGGUGACCAGCCAGCCGAGAUGGAAGCAGUUGGCGCAGAAGGCCAAAGAGGACAUGGCGGCCACUCAACCGGCGCUCGGUGUGGAGAAUACCGGCGACACCAAGCGCCUGGCCAACCACGCGCGACGCGCGAUCAAUGCGUUGGCAGCGCGACCAACGGUGGAGCCGGAACUGGAGGAGAACAUCGAGACCUUUGCCAAGUUGCUCGUGGAGACCUUCGGCUCCCUAACCGCCGCCUUCGAGGAAUUCGAUCACCACGGACGCGAGGAGAUCACGAGGGCGCAGUGGGAUGCGGCCCUGAACGCGAGAGGCUGGGAUACACAGGAGAUAUGUGGCAUCGCAGCAUCUAAGCUGUUCAGCCUCGUCAGCCGGGCCUCUAAGAAGCCGAUUGGCGCGCUGACGCUGCCCGCGUGGAAGUCCUUUUUUCAAGAAGUAUUUGAACCGCACAGCUGCACAUCUUCUGGAGGAGGAUCGCGUGGAGAUAGACGGUUCCACGAAAGAAGUCCUGGAACAUCUAAAGGCACCGAAGCUGGAAGUUCCCAAAGAAGAUGCCAAGGCUUCCUCAGAUGGAAUGUUCUACUUUCAACGCCGGAACUGCGUGAUUACCCAGCCCCUGCCGGAUGCCCUUCCUGGAGAUGGUCUCCACGAGCGGAAUGCAGGCUCCAAGGAUGGAGAUGA